AUGAGGAAAGGAGGCCGGAAGGGUGUUGUGACUCUUGAAGAGGGAAAAAGUGCCGAAAACAAUCUGUAUGUUGUGGAAGGAAUGCAGUUUGAUCGUGGCUACAUCUCUCCUUACUUUGUUACCGACAGUGAGAAAAUGUCUGUUGAGUUUGAGAACUGCAAGUUACUACUCGUUGACAAGAAAAUAACAAACGCAAGGGAUCUUAUUAACGUAUUGGAAGAUGCUAUUAGAGGUGGGUAUCCUGUCUUGAUAAUUGCUGAAGAUAUUGAGCAAGAAGCUCUGGCAACUCUGGUGGUCAACAAGCUAAGGGGAACCUUGAAAAUUGCUGCUCUCAAAGCUCCUGGUUUUGGUGAAAGGAAGAGUCAGUAUCUUGACGACAUUGCAAUUCUAACUGGAGCAACUGUAAUUAGGGAAGAAGUUGGGCUUACCUUAGACAAUGCUGACAAAGAAGUUCUGGGCACUGCUGCAAAGGUGGUGUUGACCAAGGAUGCUACGACAAUUGUUGGUGAUGGCAGCACUCAGGAAGCUGUAAAUAAUCGAGUUGCACAGAUAAGAAACCUUAUUGAGGCUGCAGAGCAAGAUUAUGAGAAGGAAAAACUGAACGAAAGAAUUGCAAAAUUAUCAGGAGGUGUAGCUGUGAUCCAGGUUGGAGCUCAAACUGAAACAGAGCUAAAAGAGAAGAAGCUUAGAGUAGAAGAUGCUCUUAAUGCAACAAAGGCAGCUGUUGAGGAGGGAAUUGUAGUCGGAGGUGGAUGUACUUUGCUGAGACUAGCAUCCAAGGUUGAUGCCAUUAAGGAAACCCUAGAAAAUGAUGAAGAGAAGGUUGGAGCAGAUAUUGUGAAAAGAGCUCUGAGUUACCCUCUGAAGUUGAUUGCGAAAAAUGCUGGUGUGAAUGGAAGUGUUGUUAGUGAGAAGGUUCUCUCUAGUGAUAAUCCAAGAUAUGGAUACAAUGCUGCCACCGGAGAGUAUGAAGAUUUAAUGUCUGCUGGCAUAAUUGAUCCAACCAAGGUGGUCAGAUGUUGCUUAGAACAUGCAGCAUCAGUGGCCAAGACAUUCUUGAUGUCCGACUGUGUAGUUGUUGAGAUCAAGGAGCCCGAACCAGUUCCUGCUGUGAACCCAAUGGACAACUCAGGAUAUGGUUACUAA